UUAGGCGUGUACAAAAUUUACUGGAUUAAUUUAUAUUGCGAGUAGGGGAUCAACUACAAUGGGCGAGUAUAAAAGCAAUUCGGACAUCUUUCAAAGCGUAUUCAUUUUUGAAACCUACGACGUUAGAAAAUUAUAAAAUGAAGGUUUCACUUGCUUUGUCAGUUGUUCUCGCCAUCGGAUUCGUCGAAUGUGGUGUUAUUCCCGCCACCACCCUCGUACGCACCCCUAGCUUUGACAGUGCUAUUGUCAAGUCUGACCGUGUCGGCGGCAGUUUCGCUUAUAGCACCGUUGAAGGCCAUGCCUACGCUGCCGUUUCUCCCAUAGUUCAACGUAUCACCGCCCCCGUUGGCGUCUCUUAUACCGCACACCAAGUACAUUUGGGCCACAUCAACACCCCCGUCGCCGUUACACAACCCAUUUACGCUGAACACUCUGUAGUCUCUCAACCCAUUAUCUCUCAUCAACACAUCUUCGCCCACCCGGCCGUAGUAUCUUCUCCUGUCUUCACUCAAAAUCCCGUCAUCAGCGGCUUCCCGAAUAUUCCUGCAAUCAGCGGUGUCGCCACUUCUCCAGUUGGAGGAAUCGCUAGUGCUCCCGGAGUUGGAGGAAUUGCAAGUGCCCCCCCUGUACAAGCUAAUCCUGCCCCCACACCAGUCCAAGGAACCGUCAUUGAUGCUGAUACCGUUGCUGUAGAGUCUGCUUAAAUUUAGAUAAUUAAACAAAAAAUAAAUAAAUUAUUUAUUUCAAA